AUGUCAAUUGAAUCCUCCUGGGAAUUGCGUUGUCAAUCCCGGCCAAGAUCGCUUUGUGUUUACAAUGCGGCUGCCACUUCGGAAGAUACGAAUCCCUUUGAAGUAGCCGCAGGAGCCGACACACCAACUGCUCAAGCCGUCGUCUUUGGCAGUGAGAAGGGUUCCUUGCAUUAUCGAACCUAUUCUUCCGCGCAAAGUGGAUCCACCAAGACUCCUCUGGGCAGCGGUCGAGGGAGCAGCAACAAUAGCAAUUUGCCCCGGGCGUAUCUUCCCGUGGAUCUACCAGAAGGAUCUCUACCAGGAGCUGUUGUUGCCGUCGUUCCAGCCAUGGACGCUCCCUCACAUAGGCCCGUUUUCCUUAUUCUAAUUGAUGACAACAAGGGCAAUGCGUCCAGUGCGGCACAACCGGGCAUGUACGCGGCUACAUUGGUGACGUUGCAACACGGCAGUUUUUCCAAGUUGUCGACGCCGACACCACUGCCGCGGAUUAGUAGUGCCACGUAUCAUACUAGCUGUGGCUUUGUGGUGUGUACGGGUCGAAGAAUACAAUGCAUUCGGCAAGAAGUCUUUUUGGAUUUGCCCAAAUCGUCGCGUCGCAAAACAACAAAUCACAAGGUGGAUUUUUCCAAAGUGGCGCUUCCACCACCAGGAUCACGGGGAGGACAGGAUGCAUUGACUGUAAUUCACAAGGGACGAGUCGCGGUCAUUGCAGUGGGCAAUGCGGUAUUGGCCAUUCCCGAUGGAGCCACUUCUGUAUCUUCGGAUAUCAUCAAAAUUGCUUCCUUUUCACAAUCAUCUCAAGUGCACCCAGUCCUAUGUUUGGACAUUCAAGACAAAUCUAUGGAUCCAGAUUGGGCUAGUUUGUUUCUGGCCAAUGGACGAGAAGCCUGCGUGGUGGAUGUCCAAUUGGAUUCUUCCAAUUCCAGCAUUAGUUGUUCUCCACCCAGGAAUGGAAUGAUUUCAUUGGCAUCCCCUAUUUUGGCUGCUGCUACCUCGUGGCCCUGGUUGACAGUCUUGACCAGCGAUGGAUUGGUCAGUGUUCGAUCUCCCUCUUGUUUGGCCAUUCCAUUGAAAACGGUCGAAGUGGGAACACGGCCCAAUGAUUUCUUUGUCAUGCGCACCUAUCGAGAAGAAAUGCACAAGAUUCCUACCAUUCUCUCCAUGUCCUAUUCCGGUGAAGCCAAGACGCUGCAAUGCCAACCGGAUACGAAACAAGAUUUGGCGGACCGAUUAAUGAAGCGUUCCAUUGAUGCCUUUGGGAAUGAUGGAUUUCCGCGACAACAGUUGGCUGAGGCAAUUCAUGCUUCCUUUACUGCCACUUCCUACAUUGGACCAGAACCUACAGCACAUGCUCGAAAAUUACUUCGGCAGUAUUUGGAAGCUAUUUUGGGAUUGACCGACUUUGAGGGAGGUGCCAAACCUGGUUGGCCAACCGAGUGGUCCAUCAACAAGCCUUCGACCAACAACACGCCGAAAACAUCCGCUUUCCUUACCAGCGCCUUUGAAGAAGCCUCCACUACGGCCACUCAAAGCCAUGCCGCUCCCUUGGCCGAGUCGCCGCCAGUUGUGACGGCCGAAACACCCGAGGCACUCUUGUGUGGGACGUCUUUGCUCUGUUUGGUUGCCACUCUCUUGGGUCCCCAACCAAAGGCAGCCAUGGCCAAUCGUGCUGCCAAAAAGUGUGCGGCACAAAUGGGAGUGGUGGUCAAUAUUGAUCUCAAAAGUGCGGCCAGGGUUAAUGAAUUGGUGGCCGGGCACCUCUUGAAGCAAUUUACCCAAAAGCCCAAUAUGAACUUGACAGGAUCUAGUUCGCAAAACAAAAUGUCCUCCAAUACACACAUGGAAUUUGUGGAAGCCGCCACGUGGUUGUUGAGAAGCUGUGGUAUGCACGAGCGGGCUAUUGGUACUCUCUUUCAGCAUAUGCAACGGCAACAAUCGCCGGAUCGGGCCUAUCCAGAAGGUGGAUUCUGGCCUCAAAUCAAGUAUGAGUCGUACACCGCCACGCAUUUGGGAGAAUUGUGGGGAACUUCGGAUGAUGUUGCCUGUCAGUUGGUCUUGGAAUCUCCUGCUACCAAACGAUUGUUGGAAAAGAAUCCAGUCUUGGGAUUGAACGUCUUUACAGUUUUGCAUCCACAAAAUUCCAACCAAUGGAAACAACUCAAUGCUGCUGACGAUCCCCUAGCCAAUUCAAAGAAUCCAGCCAAGGUGAUUCAAUUGUUGAAAUCGAUUAACCCUACCACUUUGAACGAUCAACAAUACCAAGAUGACGAUGAUUCCUUGCCAAUGAACUCGGGUCGAGCACUAGCUAUUGCCUUUUUGGAAUCAGCGAUUGGAAUCAAUACGGGAAGACCAACUGAGGAGGAUGAAUUCCAUUCACUGGCACCCGAUCAGUCAGCGGAAGCUAGAAUUGCCGACUUUCACGAUGAAUUGUGCUACUUGCUCUUGGAGGGAGUCUUGUCGGAGCGAGGUGACGAUUAUCCACCUAAGAAUGAAGAUUCGACACCACUGGGACGGAUUUAUCGACAACGGCUACGGCGUCUGCUCCAAUGGCCACUGGCCAAGGUGAGCUCGGAGCGACUAAUGAGCAACUUGCCCAAAACUUUCUUGCAAGAACAUGCCUUGGUAUUGGGACGAAUUGGCCGACACGAGGAUGCGUUAAGGAUUCUCUAUGUAGAGUGUAAGAGUAUGGACUUGGCUUUGGAAUAUUGUGAUUUGCGAUAUGAACAACAAGUUGCUCGGAGAGAAGCUGAGCGAGCACGAUUGGCCGCUCGAGGAAUAUUGGACGAUCAGCGAGACGACAAUGCUAGCAAACGAGAUGAUUGUGUUUAUCUUCCUUUGGUGCGAGUCGCGUUGGAGUCUGACCCAGAUAAGAAACGCGGUGUAACGGCUGCCAUCCAAGUUUUGGCACUGCGUCGAGGUGCCAUUGAUCGUGCAGCGGCCUUGAGGUUGCUACCCAAGAACGUUCCCGUCUCGGCAGUGGCCAGACCAUUCCUAAUCCCAGCGUUGGUAGAAAGCGAAUCACAAGCUCGUCGUUUACGAGUUGUUUCAUCCUUGCUGCGUGCUCGACACAUUGCCUUGAAGCAGCAACUAACGGAUGCCCAGCUAAAGGCUCAGGCUCAUUUGCACGUGGUUCCUCAACUCAAGUCAAUGAACUUUGGCGAUCCAUUGCACUCGACCAAACCACUCAAGAUCAAGCCAUCAAUAUCCGCAUCGGCAACGUUUCCAGAAGUCGUUGUUAUUCAAUAUUUCUUUCCACGACAUGUGGUCAUCCAGGCCAAGAUUACCAACUCGUCUGGUGUCAUUGAUGGAAGAGCGCUUGGCAAUGUGGCCUUUGUAGUUGCCGAAUCGUCGGAAGAAGGGGUCCAGCCCAUGCAGCAAAUUUCCAUCAAAGUACUACCAUUUGGAGCUACUGGAUCCUGCUGGUUUGUUUUGGCGGCUUCUCCUAGUCGCAUGGACGGCAGUGCCAUGCUAACAUGCGAGUUGCGCUAUACCGUCUUGGGUGUCGAUGCAACAACAGGAGCCCCAUUGAGUUUUGGACAUGGCAGUAGUGGCAGAACUUUUGUUGAGGAGCUACAAGACUUGGAAAUAUUGCCAUCUUAUUUUUCAUAG